CCUCGCCAUCCCUCCCCCCCUCUCCUCCUUCUGGCCACGACACCCACACUCUUUCUUGACCCACUCCAUCUUCGUUUCUCGUCCUCGCCACCCUUCGCCUCCCCUCCAUCCACCAUGGACAUCUUCUCGCGGGCCAUUGCCGCCACACCCAUUCUACGCGACUUGCCCGUCGCUGCCCAGGUCCCAAUCAUCGUCAUUGCCUUCGUGGUCGCGUCGGUCGUCCUCAAUGUAGCCUCUCAGCUCUUCUUGCCCAAGUCUCGAAGUGCCCCACCGGUCGUCUUCCACUACUUUCCCAUCAUUGGGUCAGCAAUCACCUACGGUAUGGACCCCUACACGUUCUUCUUCGAUUGCAAGGAGAAGUAUGGCGACGUGUUCACCUUUGUCCUUUUGGGCAGAAAGAUCACCGUAGCUCUCGGACCCAAAGGAUCCAACCUCAUCUUCAAUGGCAAGCUUUCCGAGGUUUGCGCAGAGGACGUGUACAACCCCGUCAUCACACCCGUCUUCGGAAAGGAUGCCGUGUACGACGUGCCUAAUGCCGUCUUCAUGGAGCAGAAGCGCUUUGUCAAAUCUGGCCUCACCAGUGACAAUUUGAGGGUGUACGUCGGACAGAUCGUUGACGAGACCGAGCAGUUCCUCAAGAAUGAUCCGAAGUUUGCGGGCUUCAAGAGCGGAAAAUCGGCGCCAGUAGACAUCUUCAAGGCGAUGUGUGAGCUCACCAUCCUCACUGCGUCUCGAACGCUACAGGGCGAGGAGGUCAGGCAGAACCUGGACAAGUCCUUCGCAGGCCUCUACCAUGACCUCGAUGGUGGAUUUACCCCUCUCAACUUCAUCAUGCCAGGCCUGCCCCUCCCUGCCAACUUCAAGAGAGACCGAGCUCAACGUAAGAUGGCCCAGUUCUACAGCGAGAUCGUAGCCAAGCGCAGAGCUGCCGGAAGCGCCGAGGGCGCUGAGCCAUCGCAGCAUCAUGACAUGAUUGCUACUCUGAUGGAGCAGAAGUACAAGAACGGAAGGCCAUUGACUGAUACAGAGAUCUCGACCAUCAUGAUCGCUUUGCUGAUGGCGGGUCAGCACACCUCAUCCGCUACAGGGUCUUGGGCACUUCUGCGCCUGGGAUCCAAGCCUGAGCUUAUUCAGGAGAUCUAUGACGAGCAAGUUCGAGUCUAUGGCGAGCCAGACGGCAGCUUGCGACCUCUUGACUACGAGACUAGCAAGAGCUCGCUCCCAGUCCUGGAUGCCGUGAUUCGAGAGACCCUGCGUAUGCAUCCUCCUCUCCACUCACUCAUGAGGAGAGUGCUGCAGGAUAUUCCCGUGCCCCCCACGCUAUCUGCCAAUACCCGAGGAACUGGUCUCAGGCAGAAGGAAGGCGAGACGCUUAUCAUCCCCAAGGGACACAACGUCUUGGCAGCUCCUGGUGUGAGCGCAAUUGACCCUACCUACUGGCCAGAUGCCGACCAAUUUUUGCCCUCGAGGUGGCUGGAGGGAGGUAUCCUGAAGUCAGAAGAGAAGAAUGGAGGCGCCAAGAGCGAGGCUACCAAAGGGGCUGCUACCAGUAACGAAACGGUAGACUACGGAUGGGGCGCAGUCUCCACCGGCGCCAACUCGCCCUACCUGCCCUUUGGAGCAGGCAGGCACAGGUGUAUCGGAGAGCAAUUCGCUUAUCUUCAGUUGGGCACCAUCAUCGCUACCAUUGUCAGGAACUUUGACUGGAAGAUCGAUGGCGGCGAUGGCAAGAUUGGCAAGACGCCUGAGCCAGACUACACGUCUAUGGUGGUCCUCCCGAAGCUGCCCUGCGAUCUGCUGAUGACUAAGCGUGAGACUGCCUAGAUGAUCGGAGGUUUUCUUGUCCAUCUCUCGACGCCACGUCCUGUCAGCUGUCCCUGCCGACUUCGGGCGGUUGCUCAAAUCCCUUUACUUGCCCGGCACCUUUACCCGCACCACCUGACAUCCUGCCUGAGCACUCAUUCGGCCCCACUCUUUCGAUAGAUAGAUUUUAUAACGGUAAAUGCUUUUCUUUCCUCCUCUCUUGCCCGCGUGAUCUGCGAUC